CCGCUCUGCUCCGCUGCUGCCGGCGUGUCCUCGCGCCCGCCGCCCCGCGAUGUGGCCCCUGGUGGCUUUGUGCUGCUUGGGGGGGCUGUCGUUGUCGUUGUCGCCGUCCGCGCCCCAGGGCCGGCUGGGCCCUGCGGGCGCCCUCUCCCGCGCCCCCAGCCUCGCCUCUCCCGCCCUGGCGGGGCCGCAGCUGCCCGACACGACGGAGAGCAAAGUGGAGAAGCUGGGCCGCGCGUUCAAGCGCCAGGUGCGGCGGCUGCGGGCGCGCAGCGGGCGGCUGGAGCUGGUGUUCCUGGUGGACGAGUCGUCGAGCGUUGGGCCGGCCAACUUCCUCAGCGAGCUGCGCUUCGUCAAGAAGCUGCUCUCCGACUUCCCGGUGGUGCCCGCGGCUACGCGCGUGGCAAUCGUCACCUUCUCCUCGCGCAGCAACGUGGUGCCCCGCGUGGACUACAUCUCGCGGCGGCGGCCGCAGCAGCACAAGUGCGCCCUGCUGGGGCGCGAGAUCCCCGCCAUCGCCUACCGCGGCGGCGGCACCUACACCAAGGGCGCCUUCCAGCAGGCGGCGCAAAUACUGCGGCAUGCCCGUGGAAAUGCCACAAAGGUGAUAUUUCUUAUUACUGAUGGAUAUUCCAAUGGGGGAGACCCAAGACCAAUUGCAGCAUCGUUGCGUGAAUUUGGGGUAGAGAUCUUCACCUUUGGGAUAUGGCAGGGGAAUAUUCGAGAGCUGAAUGACAUGGCAUCCCAUCCAAAAGAAGAUCACUGUUACCUUCUUCACAGUUUUACUGAGUUUGAAGCUCUGGCACGCAGGGCUCUUCAUGAAGACCUGCCUUCUGGCAGCUAUAUCCAAGAAGAUAUCUCCCACUGUUCAUAUCUCUGUGAGGCAAACGAAAACUGCUGCGACAUCAUGGCAAGCUGUAAAUGCGGCACUCACACUGGCCAGUUUGAGUGCAUCUGUGAAAAAGGAUACUACGGGAAAGGACUACAACAUGAAUGCACAGCCUGUCCACCAGGAACAUACAAGCCUGAAGGUUCACCAGGUGGAAUCAGCACUUGCAUUUCAUGUCCUGACAGCAAUCAUACUUCUCCACCAGGAAGUACCUCAAUUGAGGAUUGUACAUGCCGGGAGGGAUAUCAUGCUGUUGGACAAACCUGUGAAGUUGUCCACUGCCCUGAACUGAAGCCUCCUGAAAAUGGUUACUUUGUGCAGAAUGUCUGCAACAAUUACUUUAAUGCUGCCUGUGGGAUCCGCUGCAAAGCAGGCUUUGACCUUGUGGGAAGCAGCAUCCGGCUUUGUCAACCGAAUGGCCAGUGGUCUGGAUCAGAGGCUACUUGCAGAGUUCGAACAUGUCCCAGACUUCGGACUCCUGAAAAUGCACGCAUUAAUUGUUCAACAGCUGACAUCUCCUAUAAAACAGUGUGUUUUGUGACCUGCAACGAGGGCUAUGAAAUAGAAGGAAAUGCCAAACUCAUCUGCCAGGGAACCUCACAGUGGGAUUCAAAGGAGCCAAAGUGUGUGGAAAUGCGUUGCCCUAUCCUCCAGAAACCAGCGGGUGUAAUGGUUUUCCCUCCCAGAUGUGGGCUGGAGCCUGCCAUUUCUGGGACUGUGUGCCAGCUGAGCUGUCCCCAAGGAUUCGUCUUAUCUGGAGCUAGAGAAGAGCUAAGGUGCAUUUCAUUUGGGAGAUGGAGUGCAAACAUCCAGGAGGCUCUGUGCAAAGAUAUUGAAGCUCCUUGGAUCCAGUGUCCAGAAGAUAUUGAGACUGAAACUCUGGAACAUCAUAACUCUGCUAAUAUCAGCUGGCAGGUUCCAACAGCUGAGGAUAACUCUGGAGAUGAGGUCUCAGUUCACGUUACCCCAGCUUUCAUACCACCAUUUCUUCUUCCAAUUGGUGAAGUUGCCAUUACUUACACAGCGACUGAUAAGUCAGGCAAUGAAGCAAGCUGUACAUUCAGUGUCAAGGUUAUCGAUUCAGAACCACCUGUAAUUGACAGAUGCAGAUCUCCACCACCCAUGCAAACAGUAGGGAAUGAGUACCCAGCAACAUGGGAAGAACCACAAUUUUCAGACAAUUCAGGUGCUCUACUGACUGUCACGAGGACGCAUGCACCUGGAAGUCUCUUUCCCAAAGGAGAAACAACAGUUCAAUAUACAGCUGUGGAUCCCUCUGGUAAUAACAGGACAUGUGAGAUCCACAUUGUCAUCAAAGGUUCUCCUUGUGAAAUCUACUUUGAGCCUGCGAAUGGUGAUUUUAUAUGCAUAUCAGAUGAAGCGGGAGUUAAUUGCACGUUGCACUGUGCAGAGGGUUAUAGCUUGUCAGAAGGAUCAAGUGAAAACUACUAUUGUGCAUAUGAGGAUAGUAUCUGGAAGCCACCCUAUUCUCCAGAGUGGCCUGGCUGCUCUUUAAAUCGUUUUGCAAACCAUGGGUUCAAAUCUUUUGAGAUGCUCUACAAAGCAACACGAUGUGAUGACAACAGUCUUCUAAAUAGAUUUACUGAUGCGUUCCAGAGUGCACUUGGUAAAAUGGUCCCGUCAUUCUGUAAUGAUGUUGAUGAUAUUGACUGCAGAUUGGAAGAUCAGACACAGAAACACUGCUUGGAAUAUAAUUAUGAUUACGAAAAUGGAUUUGCCAUUGGACCUGCUGGUUGGGGGGCAGCAAACCAGCUGGAUUAUUCCUAUGAUGAUUUUGUUGAUGUAGCACAAGAAGACAUCUCCAGACAUCUCUCUGCCUCUGUAAAGGCAGCACCUGCUCGAGUCAAAAGGCAUAAGCUGAAUGUUCCAAUGACUGACCACAAAAUCAAGUUAAUAUUUAACAUCACAGCUAGCGUGCCACUGCCUGAUGAAAGGAAUGAUACAUUGGAACUGGAAAACCAACGACGGCUCCUUAAAACUCUGGAGACAAUCACAAACAGGCUGAAUAGGACUCUCAAUAAGGAGCCCAUGUAUUCUUUUCAGUUUGCAUCCGAAGUCAUUGUAGCUGACAGCAACACUCUGGAGACUGAGAAAGCCUUUCUUUUCUGCAGGCCUGGUUCUGUGCUGAGGGGGAGAAUGUGUGUCAACUGCCCUUUGGGUACCUAUUACUCACUGGAGCAUCACACCUGUGAAAGCUGCUGGACUGGAUCUUACCAAGAUGAGGAAGGGCAGCUGGAGUGCAAAAGUUGUCCAUCUGGUAGCUAUACUGAGUAUCUACAUUCUAGGAGCAUCUCUGAAUGCAAAGCUCAGUGCAAGCAAGGAACAUAUUCACCUAAUGGUCUUGAGAUCUGUGAAACAUGUCCACUUGGCACGUAUCAGCCAGCAUUUGGAGCCAGGAAUUGUAUCUCUUGCCCGGAAAAUACAUCAACAGUAAAAAGAGGUGCAGUGGAUGUCUCAGCUUGCGGAGUACCGUGUAUUGCAGGCGAGUUCUCUCGUACAGGUUUGACACCAUGCUACCCUUGUCCCAGAGACUACUAUCAACCAGACCCAGGAAAGUCCUACUGCUUGUCUUGUCCCUUUUAUGGAACAACAACUGUCGUUGGUGCCAGAUCCAUCACAGAUUGUUCAAGUUUUGGCUCUACUUUUUCAGCAGCUGAGGAAAGUGUGAUGAUGGUACCAGCCUCUCCAGAAAAUAUCAGCAAACAGUACAAAGUCAGCAGUCAGGUCUUUCAUGAGUGUUUCCUCGAACCCUGCCACAACAAUGGGACAUGCAAACAAUUGGGAAGUGGAUAUAUGUGCAUAUGCCCACUUGGAUAUACAGGCUUGAAAUGUGAAACAGAAGUUGAUGAGUGUAAGUCAUCUCCUUGUCACAACAAUGGAAUGUGUAAAGAUGCCAUUGGGACCUUUAUUUGCCAUUGUCAACCAGGCUUUUCAGGUCUCUUGUGUGAGGAAGAUGUAAAUGAAUGUAACUCCAGUCCGUGUUUGAAUGGAGGCCACUGUGUUGAUGGCGAGAAUGGUUACCACUGCACUUGUGCAAAAGGGUUCGCAGGUGCUCGCUGUGAAAUGGAGGUCAAUGAAUGCCUUUCAAACCCAUGUCUUAAUAGAGCUAUUUGUGAAGAUCGAGUUGGCAGUUUCUCCUGCAAAUGCCUCCCAGGUUUUGCCGGUGUCUUGUGUGAAAGAAACAUCGAUGAGUGUCUCAGCAGACCCUGUAGAAAUGGAGCCACGUGCAAAGAUGGUAUCAACAGCUUCAGGUGUCUGUGUGUGACAGGGUACACAGGACAAAACUGUGAAGUGAACAUCAAUGACUGUGACUCCAGUCCCUGCUUAAACCAUGCCACCUGUGUGGAUGCCUUGAACUCGUACGUUUGUAAAUGUCCCCCUGGCUUUACAGGCAGCAGGUGUGAAACAGAACAGUCCUCUGGUUUCAAUCUUGAUUUUGAAGUCUCUGGUAUCUAUGGAUAUGUCAUACUUGAUGGUGUUCUCCCAUCUCUUGGUGACAUCACCUGUACAUUCUGGAUGAAAUCCACUGACACCACAAACUAUGGGACUCCCAUUUCUUAUGCAGUGGAGAAUGGAAGUGAUAAUGCAUUUCUUCUGACUGAUUACAAUGGCUGGGUUCUUUAUGUAAAUGGGAAAGAGAGGAUUACAGACUGUCCUUCAGUGAAUGAUGGUAACUGGCAUCACAUUGCAGUCACAUGGACAUGCACGGAUGGGGCAUGGAAAGUGUACAUCGAUGGAAAACUGUCUGAUGGAGGCAGCGGACUCUCGGUUGGCUCAAAAAUCCCUGGUGGUGGUGCACUUGUAUUGGGUCAAGAGCAAGAUCAGAAAGGAGAAGGAUUCAACCCAGCUGAAUCUUUUGUGGGCUCCAUCAGCCAGCUCAACAUUUGGGACCACGUCCUGUCUCCACAGCAGGUAAAAUCUCUGGCUACAUCCUGUCCAGAAGAACUCCAAAAAGGAAAUGUACUAGCCUGGCCAGAUUUCCUGCCAGGAGUUGUUGGAAGAGUGAAGAUAGAUUACAAGAGUAUAUUUUGUGCUGACUGCCCCUCUUUGCAAGGAUCCAUACCACAUCUGCGGGCCUCUUCUGCUGAUUUAAAGCCAGGGUCAAAAGUGAGCCUUUCCUGUGACCCAGGCUUCCAGAUAGUGGGAAACUCUGUUCAACACUGCCUUAACCUGGGACAGUGGACACGGCCUUUUCCCCGCUGUGAAAGAAUCAGCUGUGGAGUGCCUCCACCUUUAGAAAAUGGAUAUUAUUCAGCUGAGGACUUUUUUGCUGGCAGUACUGUCACUUAUCACUGCAGCAGUGGCUACUAUUUGUUGGGUGACUCCAGGAUGCUGUGCCUGGACAAUGGGAGCUGGAACAGCAUUUCACGAUCUUGCCUCGAUGUUGAUGAAUGUGCUGUUGGUUCAGACUGUGAUGAGCAUGCGUCUUGUCUCAACACAAAUGGAUCAUACAUUUGCACUUGCAUCCCUCCUUACACAGGAGAUGGUAAAAAAUGUGCAGAACCGGUGAAGUGCCCUAACCCAGGAAAUCCAGAGCAUGGCCAUGCAUAUGGGGACACUUACGGUGUUGGCAGUGAAGUAGCAUUUUCCUGCAAAGAAGGGUUUCAGCUGGCAGGAGUGACUACACUUACAUGCAUGGAGUCUGGAAUGUGGAGCCACCCCAUACCAUAUUGUGAAGCUGUAUCCUGUGGUGGUCCAGUUAUUCCAGAGAAUAGUGCCAUUUUGGGCUCAAAUUUUACAUACCAGAAUAAGGUGGUGUACAGAUGCAAUGAUGGAUACAACUUAGUGGGUGAAAAGGAAAUUCUGUGCCUUGCUAGUGGCAUGUGGAAUCAUCCUCCCCCGUCCUGUGAAAUGGUGACUUGUCCUAGCCCACAGGAUAUUAGCAAUGGAAAAUACACACUCACUGGAACAACCUACCUUUCCUCUGUAUCAUACACUUGUGAUAAAGGAUACAGCCUUCAGGGACCCUCUAUACUUGCCUGUGAAUCUUCAGGGAACUGGAACAGUACACCUCCAGCUUGCAACAUUGUCUCCUGUGGAUCCCCUCCUGCCAUCAAAGAUGCAGUCAUCAACGGAAAUAACUAUACUUUUGGAAACAGAGUCUCUUACACGUGUAAGGAAGGUUACACACUAGUUGGCCCAGAAACCAUCGAGUGCUUAGCCAGUGGCAAGUGGAGUGUGAGUCACCAGCAGUGCCUGGCAGUAUCCUGUGAUGAACCACCCCAUGUGGAAAAUGCAUCACCAGAGAGUGGCCACCGCCUCUUUGGAGAUACAGCUUACUACUUCUGUUCAGAUGGCUACAGCCUGGCUGAUAACUCUCAGCUGCUUUGCAAUGCAGAAGGGAAGUGGGUGCCUCCAGAGGGCAGGGAGAUGCCUCACUGCAUAGCUGAUUUCUGUGAAAAGCCAUCCACCGUCUCAUACAGCAUCCUGGAGUCCAUUAGUAAAGCUAGAUUUGCAGCUGGCUCCAUUGUGAGCUUCAAGUGCAUGGAAGGCUUUGUUCUGAACACUUCGGCCAAGAUCGAGUGCCUUCGAGGGGGCCAGUGGAAUCCUUCUCCUUUGAGCAUCCAGUGCAUCCCUGUUCGCUGUGGAGAGCCUCCCCACAUUAGCAAUGGCUAUGCCAGUGGGGCCAACUACAGCUUCGGAGCAGUGGUGGCUUACAGCUGCAACAAAGGGUUCUACAUCAAGGGAGAGAAGAAGCGGACCUGUGAGGCCACUGGCAACUGGAGUGGCAGUUUGCCCACAUGCCACCCAGUGUCAUGUGGAGAACCACCACAGCUUGAGAAUGGCUUUAUUGAGGAAACAACUGGACACUUCUUUGAGAAUAAGGCAAAUUACCAGUGUGAUUCUGGCUACCAGAUGGUUGGAAGCUCAGUGUUUACCUGCCAAGCCAAUCGGCAGUGGUACAGUGAAUCACCUCCUUACUGUGUUCCUCUCAGCUGUGGUAAACCACCACCCAUCCAUCAUGGCUACUCCAAGGGAGAAACUUUUGAUAUGGGCUCCAAAGUUGAGUUUUUCUGUGAUGAAGGCUAUGAACUGAUUGGAGAUGUUUCUUGGACAUGUCAGAAGUCUGGGAAAUGGAGCAAAAAGCAAAGCCCAAAGUGUGUGCCAACAAAAUGUCCAGAACCACCCUUGGCAGAAAACCAGCUGGUCUUGAAGGAACUGACUUACCAAGUUGGGGUUGUACAUUUCUCCUGCAAGGAGGGUUAUGUUUUGCAUGGCUCUUCUGUGCUGAAAUGCUUGCCCUCCCAACAAUGGAAUGAUUCCUUUCCCUUUUGCAAGGUAGUACAGUGUUCUGCACCUCCAUACAUCCCCUUUGGUGACCCCUUGACUUCAUCCCUUCAUUUUGGUAGCACUGUGAAAUACAUCUGCGUGGAUGGGUUUUUACUAAAAGGAGAGUCUACCAUCAGAUGCCAGGCUGAUGGCUCAUGGAGCUUGCCUUUGCCAGAAUGUAUUCCUGUGGAGUGCCCCCAACCAGAAGAAAUUCAGAAUGGCAUUGUUGAUGUGCAGGGCCUCACCUUCCUUAGCACAGCCCUCUAUACAUGUAAACCAGGCUUUGAACUGCUGGGGAACACAACUAUCCUCUGUGGAGAAGAUGGCCAGUGGCUUGGAGGAAGACCAGCUUGCAAGCCUAUUCAAUGCCCAAGGCCUAAGAAGAUCCCCAACGGCAAAUACUCAGUCACAAACUUCCAUUAUGGACAGACUGUAAGGUAUUCCUGUGAUAGAGGUUUCCAGCUCCAAGGGGAGGAAACGCUGAAAUGCCUAGAGACAGGGGAAUGGAGCACAGAGGUUCCCUCCUGCAAACCUAUAAAUUGCCAGCCACCUCAGCCCAUUGAGAAUGGCUUUGUGGAGGGUGCAGAUUAUAGCUAUGGGGCCAUGGUCAUUUACAGCUGUGUGCCAGGCUUCCAGCUGUCUGGCCUUGCCAUGCAGACCUGUGAAGAAUCAGGCUGGUCUAGUUCCACACCAACCUGUAUCCCAGCAGAUUGUGGCCUGCCUCCUCACAUUGACUUUGGUGAGUAUGUGCAAGUGAGGCAUGGGGAAAGGCGUUCUGACCAGGAGAGCAUUACAGAGAGCCCCUCCCUUUCACAUACGUUAGUGGCUGACAGUUUGAAAGACUUCAAAAGUUCUUUGAAGGUGGGCAAUGCAAUGCAGCUGACCACUUUCUUAUUUGGAACUAUAAUUUUAUACUCAUGUUACUCUGGCUACGAGCUUCUGGGAAAUCCUGUUCUAUCCUGCCAAGAAGAUGGGGCUUGGAAUGGCAGUGCCCCUGCUUGUGUUUCAAUAGAGUGCACCUUGUUAUCUCCCCCAGAGAAUGGUUUUUUACACUUCACUGAGAACACGCUUGGCAGUGCAGUACAGUACACCUGUAAGCCAGGGUUCACACUUGUUGGCUCUGACACACGACUCUGUUUGCCAAGUAGGCAGUGGAGCGACGCUGCUCCAUAUUGCAAAGCAAUAAUGUGCAACUCGCCUACCCAGCUUAUGAAUGGAAACAUAACAGGGGAAAACUUCACAUAUGGGAAUGUUAUAUACUAUGAGUGUGAUCCUGGAUACCAGUUAAAUGGCCCCACAGAGAGAAGAUGCCAAGAGAACCAGAAAUGGAGUGGCAGUGAACCGAUUUGCAUUCCUGUUUCCUGCAGCCCACCACCAGUUUUGGAGAAUGGUCAGGUGACUGGAGAGGAGUACACAUUCCAAAGGCAUACAGAGUACAGCUGCAAUGAAGGUUUCCUGUUAGAUGGGGACAGGAGAAGGGUCUGCCUUGCAAAUGGAAGUUGGAGUGGAAUCGCUCCAGUUUGCAAAGCUGUGACCUGCCCUGUACUGGUGCCUCUCCUCAAUGGGAGAAUCAUUGGCUCAGAUUUUGGCUUUAAGAAAGAAGUGCACUAUCACUGCAACGAAGGUUAUAGCCUGCAAGGAGUGUCUACACUUACCUGUCAGAGUGAUGGUACCUGGGACUCAGAAGCUCCACACUGUGAGCCAGUCAUUUGUGGACCUCCUGAAGACAUCUCCCAUGGCUUUCUAAAUGGUUCAGGCUUUACCUAUGGGGAAAUUGCCCAGUAUGUGUGCUUUGCUGGUUAUGAGCUACAUGGCAAUCCAUUACGUCAGUGUUUAUCCAAUGGCUCCUGGAGUGGAAGGCUUCCAUCUUGCCUACCCUGCCUGUGUCCUUCACCACAGAUUCAGAAUGGGGUCGUUCUUGGUACAGAUUUCAGCUGCGGGAGGAGUGCCCAGUUUCAGUGCCUGGAGGGCUUCAAACUGCUAGGGCCUUCUGAAGUCACCUGUGAGGCAGCUGGCAAGUGGAGUUCUGGCUUUCCUCACUGUGGGCAGAUUUCCUGCGGCUCUCCCCCCAUCAUCCCUAACACAUUUAUCAAUGGAAGCAGUUCUACAGAUGAAAACACCAUCAUCUAUACCUGCUUGACAGGUUUUGUCAUGCAGGGGAGUCCAGAACUGACUUGUGUGGAGACUGGUGUCUGGAAGAAGCCAUACCCAAGCUGUGAGCUGUUAAGCUGUGGCCCACCACCUUCUGUGCCAAAUGCAGAGGUUCUUGGGAGCACUUAUGCCUAUGGGAGCAAGGUCAAGUACAGAUGCCUGGAAGGCUACACAAUGGUGACAGAGGUGGACGUACGCAUUUGCCAGGAAGAUGGACAGUGGUCACCUCAAAGUAUUUCCUGUUGCCCCAGAAAGUGUCCCCUCCCAGGAAAUAUCACCCAUGUAAUAGUAUCUGGGGACAACUUCACUUUGAACACAAACAUCACUUUGUCGUGUGUAGAAGGCUAUACUUUGGUGGGAGCAAGCACAUCUACAUGCAAGGUAUACGGCAUGUGGGUGCCACUGUUCUCUGAUGAUAUCUGCAUUCCUGUGUCCUGUGGGACCCCAGAGUCUCCAGACCAUGGAUUUGUGGUUGGCACUAGAUACAAUUACAAAGAUGUGGUUCUUUAUAAAUGUGAUUCUGGCUAUGAAUUACAAGGUGAUACAGAACGGACUUGCCAAGAAGACAAGCUCUGGAGUGGCACAGUGCCGGUGUGCAGAAAAACCCGAUGCAAAGUUCCAGUUUCCUUGCUGAAUGGGAAGGCAGUUUAUGAAAACAAUACAUUUGGAAGUACAAUAACAUAUUUCUGCAAGAGGGGAUACAGCUUGGAGGGGGAACCUGCAGCAGAGUGCACGAGAGAUGGAAGAUGGAGCAAUCCCUUGCCUCUCUGUAAACCAAACCCUUGUCCUGUUCCUUUCAUAAUCCCAGAGAAUGCCGUUCUGUCCGAAGUGGAUUUUUAUGUUGGUCAGAACAUAUCCAUCAAGUGCAGAGAAGGCUACCAACUGAAAGGACAGUCUGUGAUCACCUGUAAUGCUGAUGAGACUUGGACUGCAGCCACAGCUAAAUGUGAAAAGAUAUCUUGCGGCCCCCCAGCUCACACAGAGAAUGCUCUGAUUCGUGGUAGCUUCUAUCAGUAUGGAGACAUGGUCACCUAUUCAUGCUACAGUGGGUACAUUCUGGAGGGGCCCCUGCGGAGCAUUUGUUUAGAAAAUGGAACAUGGACAACACCACCUAUCUGCAAAGCUGUCUGUCGGUUCCCGUGUCAGAAUGGUGGCAUCUGUGAGCGACCAAAUGCCUGCUCAUGUCCAGAUGGCUGGAUGGGUCGUCUCUGUGAAGAGCCAAUAUGCAUUCUGCCGUGUCUCAAUGGAGGUCGCUGUGUGGCCCCUUACCAGUGUGACUGCCCCCCGGGAUGGACUGGAUCACGCUGCCAUAUGGCUGUUUGCCAAUUGCCUUGCUUAAAUGGUGGGAAGUGUAUACGACCAAAUCGAUGCUAUUGUCCCUCAUCAUGGACUGGACAUGACUGCUCUAGGAAACGGAAGGCUGGCUUCUAUCCCUUUUAACAUCAGAGCAGCAGUUCUACAUUCAGAUACCUUUCUUCAGCUUAGGCACCAGGGCUUGGAAUCUAAUGCAUUGUAAAUCAAAUCCAUUGCUUCCCUCCCCCCAUCUCCCUUGUUUUGUAUUUUGUGAUACAUUUUUACUAUACCUUUCCAUUUUUAAAGAAAUUCCUCUGUAUUUUUUAUUUACAAAAGUAUUAUCAAAUAUAUGCUGCUACACACACAUACAUACACACACAUAGAAAUGUAAAGAUUCUUACUGACCACUGAGGAAGUGGUUGUGUAAAGUGAAGUCCUUCCCAUUUCUUACAUACAGUAAGCUAAUUAAACCACACUAUACUACCAACCAUAAUUAAACAGAAUGUGGCGAUUCUGCUACCAUCUGCGAAAGCAUACUGCUGUCCAGCAAUUCAACAGUAAAGAAUAGUUAUGCAAAGCUAAUCAAGCCACUAAAUUUUGCAUUGGGCCUAUUCAUGAACUCAUGUUGGUGUAAAUUAGAAGCACAUGUGAUAAAGCCCGUGUUGUAACCACAUUUCCUAGUGGGCAUAAGAAGAUUCUGUAAUAUAUAUUAUGUGACGUUAAUGUCAUUGGAGAGUGACUUAAUGGCAUCAGCAUUAAUUUUACCUAAGAUUUUAUUAAUGAAAUGGUCAAUAAUACAAAAAGCCAUGAAAGAACACCAUGUCAUUCAGAGAAAGAUGAACCAAGCCUAGCUAAAAGAGCCUUUGAGGCUUUUUGGCUUACAGGCAGUUCAGGUAUAGCUCUGAAGAUGGAUAAUCCAGGACCCAGCAGUGGGAAGCAGGUGGACCACUGAAACUUGUGCUUCCCACUUGCCGUGGGACUUACCACCAUUCCUUUCCUGUGUAAAUGAUGCAAUACAUGUCUAGCAGCUGUCACCUAUGGGAAUGCUUUUGAUACAUGGGGUUUGGUCCCAAAGUUUGACUGCCCCUGAGAUGGAGAGAGAAGACAACAGUUAUGUUUACAGGUGAAACUUUCCUAUUUGCUUGAAGAAAAGUUUUAUUUAUGUAAUGCAGAACCCUUGGAGCACUGCAGAAGGCCUCUUUUGAACGCACCACACAGGCAGCAGUGCUUGGCUGAGUGAGAAAUACUGAGAACACACAUGCUGUCUGAUUUUUCUUUCUCACAGUGCUGAUUGUCUUGCAUCUGAGGGUAAAACACACCUGAAUGCCAUUGUUAAGUCACUCUCUAAUGAAUUGAGAUGCUAAGAUUUACCUGUGGUUAAGCAGGGUGAUGAAAUUGCAAGGUGGAAAUCACAUGCAGUUUUUGAGGUCAGAUGUUUGGUAAUUAUUGUCAGCAAAAAGUCUGAUCUGUAAAAGAAGAUAUUAGAGUGAGAACCUGUGAGUCAUUGAUCAGAAACUCCCAUUUUUCCCAGAAAUAAUAGAAAGCGUGACUUGCAGUCAGCACUGGGAAAGAGGAAGGAGAAAUAAAUUUUACCUUCUGUAGCAUUCCUGCUUAGUUACCCUCCAGAUUAGAAGUGUGAAAAACCUACCCCCCCUUCCCUCUUCAUAGAUUUACCUUACUUGUAUGAAUGCAUGGACAUGGACCCAGGAAAGUCGUAGCACACCAAAAUGAACUCAUAGUUACAAUUACAGGGCACAAGUAAAUACUGACACAUAACUGAUGGCUGUUAGCCCAAGACCAGACAACAGGGAACAAAGAAACAAGCAAAAUUGUGAGCCAGUAAGAGCUUUCAGCCAACUAAAAGAAAAACAGAUAGGUAAAGGAGUCAUUAGGGGAUCAGAUUAAUGUGAAUGUAGAUUCCUUCCCAGUGGGAGCUGCAACCAGCUGAAGAGUUGUUGUUUCAGCUCUCACAGCCUUCUUUUUCUAAUGGAUUCUGCUAGCCCAUAGCAACAGUCUUCUGUCUCCUAGCGCCACAGCCAUCGAUGUUUACAGCUUUCACUGAAGUUAGUGUUUGGUAAAUAAUGUCUGCAUUUCAACCCAUAGUCACCAUCAUUUGUAGGCACUUUACCCUUGACCUCCUUGCUGCCUUAGCAGCAUGUGAAUUCGAAGCUGCAGUGAGAAACACAGGACUUCUGGAGGCAAAGAGUGCAUGGGUGAGAAAAGCAGAUCUUUAGUUAUAUAAAUAAUGUUACUCUCAUGUUUUAGUAUUUUUUCCAAUGUUCUUCUCCGGUGUGUGCCCUGACUCUGCACUGAUGAUCUCCAGAACAGGACAGUGGUGAGAACAGUGCUUAAAGCUGGCAGAACAUUGCUGAAGAUUUUAGGACUGUGGGAUGGCUUUUUGCACUCCAGCUUCACACUAGUGACUAGUACACGGAGUCCCAGGAUCAACCCAGUCAACGUGUUUUGUAAGGCAAUGUGGUGGUAGGACAGAGUAGCUGAAACUAGAGGCUGUUAUAUUAGUGCUGUUGAUGAUGUUUUGAUACUUACUGGAACACUUUCCCCUCCCUUCCCAGUACUGUAUUGUCAUUUAUGUCACAGCUUGUUGUGUGUUUUAAACAACUUCUGUGUGAUGCACUUUACACUGUAAAUAAAGAUGCACCCUGUUUAGUACUCAUA